AGCAGCUAAAAUAAGAAAAAAGUGCACAAGAAAGUAUAAGUAAUUAGAAAAGUGACGAAAGGUGCGCGCGCGUUAGCAGUUAGUUCAUUUCGUUUGGAUCAAGUGCUUCUCACGUUCAUACAUGUGAUGUGAUGAGUAGCGUGCAUGAAGAUUCGUGUUCUUGGAUAGAGUAUCUGUUAGAAACGAUUAAAACGUUUAGCCACGAUUUAGCAAAUCUGCUCUCGACAACCUUCGACUUGUCGUCGUUUCAUUCGAUCGACAGCAUCGUCGACAAUAAUGAGUUCAAGCAAAAAUUAUCCGAUUUUUUCAACGAAUUCAUCGGUCUAUUAGCGUUCGACGAUUUUCAGCUGCAACUGUUGAAAGUGUUCUUGCUCACGUUCGUUAGUACCGUGGCACUGAUUUUCAUUGCUUGGCACAUGUACGGUCCUAGGAUUUCCGAACAGUUCAUGGGAGACACCUGCAAUACUGUGCCAGAGGAUUCUUCGUCCGGAGAAUAAUCUUUUAUUUAAACAGUCAAACGUAACAAUUACUGAUAAGGAGUAAAAAAGAAAGAUAAAAAUUAAGGGCGCAGUCGUUACGAUCAAUUUGUUCCUCGUAAUAUCGUAAACAAAUAUCGCGACCAUGGCCGACAAAAUUAAAUCAUUUUUUCACAAAAUGGUGGUGGACACGAAGUUUAUAAAUGCCGGAAAGGGGCAUAGAUUGACAGAAACGGCUAGUAGUAACGUUGCAUCUACUUCUACAGUGGAACCGAGAAAGAGGGUAGAACCGACAGCAGAAGCCAGAACUGCUGGUCAAGCUGCUCUGGCAAGAUUAGAAACAAAAGAUAAAAAGAAUGAAAAGAAAUUUAAUACGUCGUACGCAGCUAUCAAGGCACAGGUGCAACGAGAGUUGGAACAAGAGAUGAGAGCACAGCGCGAAGCACAUGCACGAUCGAAAGAGAGAGUCGAGGAAGAAGCAACGGUUAAAGAUACAUCGUUGUUAGCUGUUGCCAAUGUGUGUUAUCGUUGUCCAUUUUUAUCGGACGAGGUGUUACCACGAGAUGAGUGGAAGAUGAAGAUAAAAGAAUUCUUAUACGAACAAUUGAAAGGAGAAGAUGCAGCAUUGGUAUCGUGUCUGAUCAUACAAAAUUGUAACGAUAAAAGGGAAAAGGUCGAGGCUUGCGUCGAAACGCUUGGAAAGUAUCUAGAGAACAUUAUAAAUAAUCCGGAGGAAGAAAAAUAUAAGAAGAUCAGAAUGCAGAACAGAAUAUUUCAGGAGAGAGUAGUUCCGGUGAACGGAGCAUCAGAGUUCUUAAAUGCAGCCGGUUUUCAGCCAACGAAAUUACUGAAUAACGACGAUAAAGAAGAGGAUUUCUUGGUUUGGAGUUCGGACAGUUGUAGCAUGGACGAUCUGACCACGCUGCUCGAAGCAUUAAAGACCGCGGAGCCUAUGCCGCUUGAAUUGGAUAGAAAUCUUCAAGUACUGCUGCCUAUGCAAGCGAGUAAAAGAACCGAAUUACCACCUAGCUUUUACAACUUAAAACCAGAGGACAUAAAAAGGGAGCAACAACUUCGAACCGAGGCUUGCGAAAAGAAUCAGAUGCUGAGAACGAGGAAGAUGAGGGAACGGGACAAGGAGCAAGAACGCAAGAAAUACAAAUUCGCAUUGAUUCGCGUGAAAUUUCCAGAUAAUCUCAUAUUGCAAGGAACGUUUUCCGUUCACGAGAACUUCCAAAGCGUCGUUGAUUUUGUUACUGAGAACUUGGUAUGCAACGACAAGCCUUUUUGCUUGAGACAGCUACCAGACACGACGUUCAACAAGGAUUCCUUCGAUAAAACGUUACUCGACUUGGGAUUAUUUCCUGCGGCUCUGUUGAUGUUCGUCUGGGCAGAUGCAUCGAGACAACAGCAGCAGCAGCAGCAGGGAAAAUGCAAUGAAUCCUCGGGAUACUUGAAGGAGGAAUUACUCUCUGUUAUUCAGCCCGCUUAAUAUUACUUAUACGUAUAAUUGGAUCAUAUUUUAUCUUCCCGAAUUUCUCGAUUACAAACGUGUCGUCGAUAAAAGAUUAUUUCGGCAUGAGUGUAACUUAUCAUCGUGGCUUUUGAGCGUACUCUAUACAAAAACUAUGAAAAAUGGGAGAAACGUUCAUUCCUAGGGCCUUGUAUAACGCAAAGCGUCUCGUAUAAGCCACGGAUCAGAGAGAUAAACGAUGGACAGACGACAAUAUCGCUACUGAUGACGAAUCACUUUUAUUUUAUACCGAAUCAUCUAGUCUUUUUAUUAUACAAUUCCUUUUUAUGCGAUCAACGUUUGAAUUCUUCGUCUGUUAUUUGUCGGUCAGUCAACACGAAGCAGAGAAGGAAAUUCGUUUGAGUCAGAUCCUAGAAAUUUGUUCGAUGCUUGCGUUAUACAGAGGUGUCGCAUGUUUAAUUUAAAAAAAAAAUCAAUGGUUUGUAACAAUUUUCGAUUAUCAUAGUUCGAAUAUUUAUAAAUAUUAUUCUCUCCUAUUUGUUUAGGCACUUUAUAAAUAAAUUUCAUGCCCAGUAAAAUUGUGACAACUCCUUGAUUUGCUAGGAUAUUCUUUUGCUUUCGCAGUAACCAAUUAUUUAUUGAAUAGAAAAUAAUCGAAACUAACAUUCUUGGACAGCUAUUUUUAAACGUUUAAUAUUUCAUGUACCUAAAAGACAAUUGGGGAUACAAUUUUAUGUGCUUUGUUAUGUAUACGAUACUAAGACGCGUAAUAAAAACCAUCGUUUAUCACUGUGUACAUCGAUCUUGCACAUUCGUGCAUUUUUGGCACUUGUUAAUAAUAAUAAUAAUAA